AUGAACAGCCUCAUUUUGUUCUUUACUUUUGUCACCGUGGCCACAGCAGCUUACACCGUGUUUGCUCCAGCUCUUCAGACCUACAUUGUGAACACUCACAACAAUAUUCGUUCAAAUGUCGCUAAAGGAUUAGUCGCUUGGAAAAAUGGAAUUGAUGGAACGAAGAGACCGGCUGGACUGAAAUAUCCGAAGGCUACGAAUAUGUAUCAAUUGGUUUGGGAUCCAACAUUGGCUGCAUCGGCUGGAAGAAGAGCUGCUUCAAAAAACAGCAGCGAGACGGCAACAUAUCCAUACUUGAAUGCUGUUCUCCCAGCUGGUGUCGGAGAAAAUCACUAUGGAUUGGCUGUUGGACCAAUGACGCCAGCAAACAUGGCUCCGAAAACAAAAUUUGACAAUGCUAUGUCUCAAUGGAGCUUCUACAAGAAAUGGGGCCUUCCUAAUAUCAAAUACACGAAGACCAGCGAUCCGAUCGCUUUCUCAGCCCAAGAUAACUCUUAUCAGUUCUUUGCUGCAAACACCUAUGCUAUCGGUUGCGCUUUUGCCACCUAUCAACCACAGGACAGCUUUGUUGUUGUCUGUCACUAUAAAGCCAGAGGUUUGACUGUUGGAGUGCCAAUCUACAAGAAUGGAACGACUUGCUCGGCUUGCCCAGCCGGUUCGAAAUGCGUUGUCGCUAAAGGACUUUGUGCAAAGAAC